AGACCUGCCUGGGGACUCAAAGUUAGGCUUUAAAUUUCGGCAAAUCAACAUCAAAAUUGACAAAAUCCUAAAAACCGGCCUCUAAAUUAAACUUGAAUCGGAUCUUUCCGGUUAGCAGCCAGGUUCCAGUUAUAUCCUCCGAACACCCUAACCUCCAAAAACCAGCAGCAGGACCCACACCGGACAGGACCAAGCAGUAAAGAAAAGGAUGGAACUCUGGCACAAGCUGCGGGCACAGUUGAAUGACUUCUUUUAUAUCAACUACCCGUAUAUCGCCAUAUAUAGUAGUCUGGGCGUGUUACUGACCGCCUAUUUGCAUUACCAAUUAAGGAUCCAUAACUAUGACCUCAUGUACUGGAAGCACUUGGCCGAGGCCUUCUCGGAGGACAUCGAUUGCUUCCAACUGAUCAUGCUGCUCGUUAUUUUCGCCAUAAAUGCCAUUUUUGUGUUCAUCAUCCUGAGCGUCUAUCUGCGUCCAGCACUCGAAGAGGGCGGUGAGAUGUCCUUGUUGGAGAUUAAGGAUCGGUAUGCCCGUUUUAUCCUGUUGCGCCUCAUAGCCCGACUCGAUCGCAUUCAGUCCAAGUUGUCGGCGAAGAAAAAGACUCUGACUUUUCAGCAUUAUGCCAGGGCCCAUACCAACAUGGCCAAGGCGGUGGCCCUGUUCCGCAAGGAUGCCCGUAAACUGAUCCUGCCCAAUGAAUCCGAAAUCAUGAUGCCCAUUGAGGACAUUUAUGGCGUGACGGAGGACGAAGAGCGCCAAUUGCGACGGGCAGGAUACUACAAGCUGAUCAUCGACACCACCGACGAGGCUGUCAAGGGUUUGUUCAACGCCAAGUGAGGCAUUAUCUGAUAUCCUGGCUAGCUGUUAUCCUAGCUAUCGAUCGAUCAUCCGGUUCCGAUUUCAAAGUUUGAGUAAACUGCAUCUUGCACAUCCUUUCUGUAA